GCAGGACCGCCCCCUCGCGUCACGUCUCCGCGCGACGACACCCCCUCUCCCUCCCGUCACUCUCUGUGUCUGCCGGCGUGCCGGGCCGGGCCGCGACAUGGAGGGCCUCGCGACGAGUUGCUCGUCCGUCGACGGGUCUGUCCGCGCGGCGGGUGGUUGCGCGGGUGUGUGAACCCCUCCCCCCCUGCCAGGGUCUGCGUCUACACGUCCCUCUGGUGGCCGGUGCGUCGUCCGGGGUUCGGCGGAGCAUGUAGGCAGCACCCGGAGGACACCGCGACGUCGUCGGCGGGCAGAGGGCGCCCCUACAGCAUGCCCGCGGCGCUCCUCGUUCUGGCGGCGCUGCUGGUCGUCCGGGAGUCAGGCGCGUCGUACGUGAGCGGCGGCUACGGCGCCGCCGGCGGGCCCGGCUUCAACGCGCUGCAGCCGCCCGACGCCAGCUCGGCGCCGCCCCCGCCGCCCCCGGCCGGCCGCCACGAACCCUACUUCGACGCCGCGACGCCGCGCAACGUGACGGCGCUCGUCGGCAAGUCGGCGUACCUCGUGUGCCGCGUGCGCAACCUCGGCAACAAGACGGUGUCCUGGAUCAGGCACCGCGACAUCCACAUCCUGACGGUGGGCGGCUACACGUACACGAGCGACCAGCGCUUCCAGGCCAACCACAACCGCGACACGGACGAGUGGACGCUGCAGAUCAAGUGGGCGCAGAAGCGCGACGCCGGCAUCUACGAGUGCCAGAUCAGCACGCAGCCGGUGCGCAGCUACUUCGUCAACCUCAACAUUGUCGACGUCCCGACGGCCGCUCCGCCGAGGAUGUACGAGGACGCCAGCAUUCUGGACGCCAUCUACAUGAAGGGCCGCGUUACAGUGCCGACGGCCACCAUCCUAGGCGGGCCGGAACUGCACGUGGACAUGGGCAGCACCAUCAACCUCACGUGCACCAUCAGGUUCAGCCCCGAGCCGCCCGCCUACAUCUUCUGGUACCACCACGACGAGGUACGGAACAACCUAUCGGUGAUCAGCUACGACUCCAGCCGCGGCGGCGUCAGCGUCAUCACGGAGAAGGGCGAGGUCACCACCAGCUACCUGCUCAUCCAGAACGCCGAGCUGUCCGACUCGGGCAAGUACUCCUGCAGCCCGUCGAACGCCGACGUCGCCAGCGUGCGAGUCUAUGUCCUCAACGGUGAGUUCUUGUAAGCGGGCUGUCACGUCCUGCGGCCAUCUCCGCCUUGACAAAGUUCAUAUCACGUCUCCCGCCAACCAUCUCCACCUUGACAAGGCACACAGUCUGUCUCUUUCCAACCAUAUCCGCCUUGACAAGGCACACUGUCCGUCUCUUUCCAACCAUAUCCGCCUUGACAAGGUUCAUAUCACGUCUCCCACCGCCAACCAUCUCCGCCUUGACAAGGCACACAGUCUGUCUCUUUCCAACCAUAUCCGCCUUGACAAGUUCAUAUCACGUCUCCCGCCAACCAUCUCCGCCUUGACAUGGCACACUGUCCGUCUCUUUCCAACUAUCUCCGCCUUAACAAGGCUCAUAUAAAGUCUCCCGCCAACCAUCUCCACUUUGACAAGGCACAUAGUGCGUCUCCUUUGAACCAUCUCCUCAUUGACAAGGCACAGAUUGCGUCUCCUUCCAUUUCUGUCUUGACAAGGCACACAGCGAAUAUCUUUCCAACCAUCUCCGCGUUGACAAGGCACAUAGCUCGUCUCCUUUGAACCAUCUCCGCAUUGACAAGGCAAGUAGUAUGUCUCCUUCAAACCAUCUCCGCCUUAACAAGGCACAUAGCACGUCUCCUUCCAGCCAUCUCCACCUUGAAAGGCACACAGCACAUAUCAUUCUUAGUUCGCAGGGUGCAUUCUGAUGUACCUUCACUCCCUCCGGCCACUAUAUCUGUCAUUAGUUUGGUUUUACUGUUGCCAGCUGUGGGCCAUGAAGUACUAAAACUCUAGAGACAGCUUCGUAAUGUUUCAGAAAAAGCAGAAAAACAUUUUUGGACGCGAUGAAAGUAAAAUUAAGGAAAGCCUAAUUUUAAUGAAACGUUUUCGUGAAACAUUGUUCUGAAACGUUUUUGACGUUAAAAGGACAGGCACUUGACCCAAGAGAUAUAAACAGAGAACUUUACAUAUUCGUUACUGGGCUCGUUUUCGUCCUCCUCUUUGUGCGAUGAUACGUGCCCAGCACAAAAAUAAAUAGAACCGAGAGAGUUAGAUGAACUAAUGAAUAAGACAGAGUGUGCGCAUGUGAUUGUUUCAGAAAAUAAAUACAGGUCCUAUGCACUCAGCUGUGAGUGCCUUGAAUUUUAUAUUUGCUACCAGCGCUCUCGCGUUCCUCCUUGUUCAACCAGUAGCGUAGAGAGCACUAUUGAGACAGUCCCUACAUUUCCCGCAUAGAUAGCGCUACCUGUUAUGAUUUUUCAUAUUUCGUUCAGAGAUUUGGCAUGUUUAAAAUGUCAGAAUUGUUUGAAGAAACAGUAACACGAACAGUUUUUCUUUGCAGUGUAUUAUAAGAGCGAGUAAUAUUAUUUGUUAGUUAAUCAUUAUUGAAUGAUCUAUAAUUAUUGAUAUCCUAAGCAGUUAUUUUUUAUUGACAGGUAAUUUUAUGGUACUAAACCUUGGGAAGACAAGGUUUAGUAGAAUUUUUUUGAACAACCAAAAAAAAAAAA